UACACCUCAGUUGGACCAAUUGUUGUAUAAAAGGAUACGCGCUCACAGGAUGUGAUUUAAUUGUGAAAAUUCUUAUUAGCGUGCGGUUGUGCAGUGCGGUGUACUGGAUAUACUUUAUUUGAAAGUGAUUUUUAAUCUGAGUGCAAACUAUUCUACAAAGGAAUUUUAAUAAACUACUUAUAAACACAUAUAGUUCGAAAAGCAAUACCUGUCAUCUGAUCAAAAAUGUCACGAAAUCAAUUGCCGGAUUCUUCAUCCUCACCACCUAUAAGCCACCUUUCAUUUCAUAAUUUCGACGAUGACAUGAUCAACGAUUUGCCGUCGUGCGUGUAUGCCGGUGCACCGCAUCACGUGACCGGCGCAGCAGGUGGCAUCAGCGGUGGCGGCGGUAAUCUGCGGAUGAGUACAAGCAAUUUGCGUCAGAUGCAACAACAAUAUUUACAUCAUACGGAAAACCUUCUGGACUCGUCAACGGGCAUGUCACUUGCUUCGGCUAGCUCUUCCACCGGCUGUGGUGGUGCCGGCGGUAAUGCGUCCAUGCUCUGUAAUAGUCCCAGUGCGAGCAGCAGCAGCGUAGGCUAUGGUAAUGCCGCAGCAGCAAAUGCAGCCGCAGCGGCUGCUGCUGCUGCCGCAGCCACAACACCUUACAAAUUGCAACGCCAACAGGCAAAUGUACGCGAGAGGAAACGCAUCCAGAGGUCGGCACCAACUGGGUACACUAAAUGUAGCAUCAAUUCAGCUUUCGAUGAGCUGCGCGUCCACGUGCCCACAUUUCCAUAUGAGAAACGUUUAAGUAAAAUUGAUACUCUGCGUUUGGCCAUUGCUUAUAUUUCACUGCUGCGCGAAGUCCUGCAGACCGACUACGACCCGUUGACCUAUGUGGAAAAGUGUUUGCGUGGCGAGAUUAAGGCAGAUCGCGCCAAUUGGAAUACAAGUGAUCUCACAGCACGGCUUUCUUGGAUCAACUGGGAAAAUCUAGGCGUACAUCCAGGCCGUCGUACAUUGCUCACCACAUUGGCAUUAUCUUCGGAACCAAUGUGUGGCGCCCACUGUGGACCAUAAAUAAACAAUUGAAGCCUAAAAAAUAAUUGCUCUCUAAGAUCAUUUAGGCAUAUUUUAUAAUUUCAUUGUGAUACUAAUUUAGUCCAAUUGUCUUCCUUUUUCUUUGGUUUUUGAUAUUUUAAGCUAACUAUUAUAUAAGUGAAAGUAAAUUAAU